AUGCCAAGCCCGAAACGAUACCACUCACUGUUCAACCGCAUAAAAGCCCUCGUUAGUUUGAAAUCAAACACAUGUUCGCAGCAGACUGAACGCCAAAUCGAAGACUACCGUUCAGGGCACCCACAACUAUCCGCCCUUAUCGCCGCAGACAGCUGCUUCCACAUUUGCCGCCGUUUCUCCACCGUACGCGCCCGACUUUUGCUACUCAAGCAGGACAAAAUAUCGUUCCUCGAGCAACAACUUGAGACCACCGAUUACGACGAGCAAGCCCCAAAUAUUCCUCAGUUGCAGUCGAACUGGAUCAAAACAGCAAAAAGACUUGCCUUGUUGGCCGAACUAGACACAAGAUUAGCAGAUUAUGGUUAA